AUGGAAAAGUCGAUAAGGAAUAAGCAAUCGAUCGAACGGGGAGUUGAGCGCCGGCCCGUACAAGAGGAAGAAGUGGAUUUCAAAAAUGUCUUGGCAGACCUCUGGUACAGCGUUGUGAAGCCAGUACUAGAUUUCUUAGGAUAUGAGAAGAACGUUGAUGAAACCGAAAAUAUGAUCCGGCAUGUAACAUGGUGUCCUACUGGUGCAUUGUCUUUCCUGCCAUUGCAUGCCGCCGGCGAUUAUGAUCGGCCACGAUCGCGAGUGUUUGACUACGUUAUAUCCUCCUACACCCCUACUCUUACUGCUCUACUCUCGUCAGUUCCCCGUACAUUGAGCAGUUCCCGAGUACUUGUCAUCGGGCAAGAUGCCACGCCAGGUCACCAACCAUUACCAGGAACUGCCAAGGAGCUCGAGUACGUUGUAAGCCAUAUAAAAGGGAGGGUCGAGUACUUGGAGCUAUUUGGAGAUCAAGCAACCACAACAACCGUGCUCGAAGCGAUGGAACAACACGAAUGGGUUCACCUCGCUUGCCAUGCUCACCAGAACGUUCAGGACCCAACUGAUAGCGGAUUCUUUCUCCAUGACGGCACCUUGGAUCUGGCCUCGAUCAACCAAAGAUCGUUCAAAAGCAAAGGUCUGGCGUUCCUCUCGGCUUGUCAGACAGCGACGGGCGACGAGAAACUUCCUGACGAAGCUAUUCACCUUGCUUCAGGCAUGCUGAUGGCUGGAUACUCAAGCGUUAUCGCCACGAUGUGGUCGGUAUAUGAUGAAGAUGCACCCCUAGUAGCCGAUAGGGUAUAUGCGCAGCUGAUGAAAGACAGAAGGAUUGGAAAUGGAGAAGCAGGGAAGGCUCUACAUGAUGCGAUUGCAGAGUUGCGACGCAAGGUUGGAGAAAAGGAGUUUAGCCGAUGGGUACCUUAUAUCCAUGUAGGCUCAUAG